AUGUCGCUGAAUUGGACAAUGCUCAGUCCGGAACGGACUCCUGUACCUUUACCCCACGAAACUACCAUAACAACGCUAGAAACGAACGUUGAAUUGACGGUGAUCGUGCCAGAUGCCCCACCAUCCAGGUCCGCUCCUUCUGGCGGCUCAGGCGGCAGCAAGAAGAUGAAGGAGGUUGGGCGCCUCUGGCUCACCGAUCAACGCUUGAUCUUCGUCGCUGCUCCAUCGGCAUCGUUCGAGUCGCUCUCCGUGCCUCUGCACUCGAUACUGAGCACCAAGUUCGAACAACCAUACUUUGGCGCGAACUACGUUACAAUUGACAUCAAGCCAUCGCCCGAAGGUGGUCUCACGGACGGGACUAAGGCCGAAAUCCGCGUCAAGGAUCAGGGAUUGUUUGGAUUCGUCAGCGUGUUGGAGAAAACACGCGAACGUGCGAUUUACAUGAAACGGCAGGCUGCGCUCGACGAAGAGGCUCUCCGUAAGUGCAAAUGCUGCGGCGAUCAACACGGCGAUCGAGUAGCUGAAAUGUCGUUUCAGCUGAAUACCCCCCUCCAACUCAAGCAGCCUCUGUCCCAAGUACUUCAUAUGCCGCAGAUGCUCCGCCUCCACCUCCGAUCCCCGAUGAAGCUCCUCCUGGUUAUGACGCCUGAAUGA